UCAAUUUACCUGAACAAGUUGAUCGAAGAGGCAAACACCGAGCCAACUCGCAUACCGUUUGUUGUUUCCAGCGGUCCAUUACGACAGACGGAAAAGAAGUUCGUAAAGCAAUACAGCAUACAGGGCAAAGUGGGCAGGUAGCAUAAGAGAGCGCAGGCAAGGUGAGUUUUUUUUCUUCCAUCCCCGAACACGGUACCGUCCUCGUUGGCACCCGUUUCGCGGAAGGACGUCCGUGUUGGUUUGGUGAAACGCGCAAUCAAACAAAGGACAAGUGUGCCACCGGGAACGGAACAGCAUUCGGCCGUAGAAGCUCUAGAGCGGCCGGUCUGAGGAUAGCGGCCGGGUUCAUCCGGAGCAGUGCGUCUGCCGUUGCCGAGGUCGAGCGCACGUAGUGACGAUCAUCCGUUUCAUGGCAAACGUCGAAUUUACCAUUGUUGCGGUUGUUGUGUAGUGGUUUUGUGGUGCGUCUGUGUCAUCCACAAGAGCUGCUGAUGUUGUUCUGCUUUUGUGGUACGUUAAACGGAUGUGACAAUAGGACAACGAUUGUGUGUUUAUGUCUGCGCGUUGGUAUAUGUGUGUCUAUUUGCGAUCAUAACAAAUAAUACGCUUUUCGACCAUUGCAAUUGCGGCGACUGCUAAAAACGGGAAGAAAAACCUAAGUAGACUUAGCAAUCUUGAAGAUAUAGCAGUUUGAGCGAAACAUUCGAUUAUCUUACUGAGGAACGUCUUAUUCCGCAACGUUGUAACGAGGAGAACACGCACACACACACACCACAGAGGAGGUGAAGUAACCGAACCGGUAGUCCAGUGCAGUUGGAAACGGCAACAAUUGAUUACAGCGAGAAACCCGUUGACUGCAAAAUACUGAAGAAACGAAGGAAAAAACCUUCCUCCCGUACUACCUUCGAUUAUUGCACUAACUGGCAACAGGAGCUGCACCGGCAGGUACAAGGGCAUAAACGGCGCAAUCCUAACAGACAGCAGCUUCGACAGCAGCAACGCUACAACCGACAGCGGCGUGCUGCAGUUGCCCUAAACGCCGAAGAGCGAGUGGGGUGUAGUAGCAAUAUAGGCAAUCGCGGUACCAAGCGCCUAGCUUCGAACUCGAAUUGCAGCAGAAGAAUCGGAAGAAAUCAUAGUAACGGCCCAGUGCAGUAUAGUGCUAACAGCAGUCGACGCAACAUGACAACCGACACGAGAAGACGCGUUAAGCUAUACGCACUGAAUGCAGAUCGUCAGUGGGACGAUCGAGGAACGGGUCAUGUAACAUCCAGCUAUGUCGAUCGCGUCAAAGGUGUGUCACUGCUUGUGCAUGCAGAAAACGAUGGUUCCAUGCUGUUAGAAAGCAAGAUCCAUCCGGACACAACAUAUCACAAACAACAGGACACACUCAUCGUAUGGAGCGAGGGUGAUAAUUUUGAUCUGGCACUUAGCUUCCAAGAGAAGGCAGGGUGCGACGAAAUAUGGGAGAAAAUUUGUCAGGUGCAAGGGAAAGAUCCUUCGGUGGAAAUCACGCAAGAAUCGGUCGAAGAAUCGGAAGAUGAGCGGUUCGAGGAUAUGUCCGAUUCGGCACCACCGAUUGAACUCCCUCCAUGCGAACUCAGUCGCCUGGAGGACAUUUCAGAGGUCAUUGCCAGCGCGCUAACGUCGGCAAUCCGGAAGGAUAAGUUGGCACAGGCGAUCGAAUCGGAAAACUACAUAAAAAAAUUGCUCGGUUUGUUUCGCAUCUGCGAAGAUUUGGACAAUCAGGAAGGACUGCACUAUUUGUACGAGAUCUUCAAGAACAUCUUCCUGCUGAACAAGAACGGCCUGUUCGAGAUCAUGUUCGCCGAGGAUACGAUAUUCGAUGUAGUGGGAUGUCUCGAGUACGAUCCGUCCGGCAAUCCGCCGAAGAAUCAUCGCCAGUAUCUGCGAAAGUUGGUAAAGUUUCGAGAGGCGAUACCGAUCCGCAACACCGACCUGCUGGCCAAGAUACACCAGACGUUCCGGGUGCAGUACAUACAGGAUAUUGUACUGCCGACACCGUCCGUCUUCGAGGACAACAUGCUGAAUACGCUAUCGUCGUUUAUUUUUUUCAAUAAGGUGGAAAUAGUGACGCUCAUCCAGGAAGACGACAAGUUUCUGGACGAUCUGUUUGCACUGUUGACUGAUCCGCAAACGCCCGAUUCGAAACGGCGCGAUAGUAUUCUCUUUUUGAAGGAGUUUUGUAACUUUGCGCAGUACUUGCAGCCACAGGGCAAGGAAACGUUUUUCAAAACCCUGAUCAGUCUCGGUGUGUUGCCGGCGCUCGAAAUAACGCUGGCUAUUAAUGAAAAGCGAACAAAGGCCGCCUCAAUCGACAUCCUUUCAACGAUAGUUGAAUAUUCACCGUCCGUUGUGCGGGAUUACACAUUGCAGCAGUACAAUAAUUCCGAUUCCGAUGAGGACCAAACGUUGAUCAACAUUGCGAUUGAACAAUUGCUUUCCGAUUCAGAACCGGAAGUGGGUGGUGCUGUGCAAUUGAUUACCGUGCUAAGGAUUCUGCUCGACCCGGAAAACAUGCUCAGCUCGGCCAACAAGUCCGAAAAGUCGGAUUUUCUUAACUUCUUUUACAAACACAGUAUACAAACGUUAAUUGCUCCGCUGCUGCGACAUACACAAUCGGACAAGCCAACCAACGAGGACUAUCAUGUGGUUCAGCUGCUGAGCGUGGUGUUGGACAUUUUGUCGUUUUGUGUCGAACAUCAUACUUACCAUAUAAAGAAUUGCAUCAUCAAUAAGGAUCUGUUGCGGAAGGUGUUGGUACUGAUGAACAGUGCGCACACGUUCCUGGUUUUGGGCGCGCUCAGAUUUCUGCGUAAAAUAGUUUCAUUGAAGGACGAAUUUUAUAACAGGCACAUUGUAAAGGGAAAUUUGUUUGCUCCAAUCGUCGAGGCGUUCAUUCGCAACGACAGUCGUUACAAUCUGCUUGAGUCGGCUAUUUUGGAAUUAUUCGAAUUCAUUCGCCUAGAAGAUAUUAAGUCGCUGUAUACGUACUUUGUCGAAAGCUUUGGCAAAUUUUUCGAUGAUGUACAGUACGUGCAGACGUUCAAAACACUGAAGAGUAAAUACGAUCAGCAGCAGGACCGACUGAAGGAAAAGGAGAAAGGAAAUUUGGAAAGUGUUCCAUCUAUUUUACGAAACAGUAACCGUUAUCGAAGGGACCAGCGACAGAUGGAUGAGGACGAAGAGAUAUGGUUCAAUGAAGAAGAAGAUUAUGCCGAAACUGCUGGUAAAUCGGGAACACCGGAGUUAGAUUCGACGAUCGGGAAAAUGUUCGAGAAAAAGGCAAUGGAAACGGCUAGCAAUCUGAACGGUCCAAAGUACGGAAGUGGCGCAGUCUCGACGGCACAAUCGCAUCAGCUAUCGUCUCAGCUGCAUGGAGGUGUGACGGCCACCGCAACGUCAGCUGAUGAUGUGGCAGCAACGUCGCACAUGCUAAACAUUAAUAAUGGCACAGACGGCAACGAUGAAAACGCUGGUUCGGCAACAUCGUCGGCCGCACAUCUUCAGGCCACAUCGCUCGAUCCAAAUUGUCUUUCACAUGCGGUGGCGCAAGCUGCAGCGGCUGCUGCUGCUGCUGCCGCCGCUGCAGCCGCAGCAAACAAUAAUGGCCUUCAGUCGACGUCUGCCAUUUCGGUUGAACAUGUCAGUGCGCUAGGGGAAGUGAAUCACGACCAUCUACAUCAUAAAGAGCAUCACGGUCUUGGGGAGGAUGGAACCCCCAGUGCGAAUCUGACCCCGGCUGACGAAUCAGCAUUGGAUGAUGCCAACAGUCUGGUAGUAAGCGCACUCGGUGAGAACGAUCUUUCAUCCGUGUACCAGCUGCAAUCGGCCAGCACCGUUACGAGUUCGGUUGUUGGAGAUGUUGAAAACGCUCCCACUGCCAUUGCGCUCAAUCACAGCAGCAGUAGCACCUGUGAAACGACAACUUCCUCCACAUUGUCGUCCAUUCCGGUCACCGAAACGUGUUCCUCCUAUAACGACACUACAACAGCGCCAGACUGCUCGUCGAGUGCUGUAAAUGUGGAAAGCAGUGAUCUCGAUAGCAAUAGUACGAUUGCCGUUGACAGCAGUAGUUCGCUAGAAGGUGUCGAAUCUCUCGGUGCUGAAGUAGAGGAAACACCUUCCAAGAGAUUGUCGGAGGACGGAAUGUCCGAACGUGCUAUUCAAGGUGUACAGAUCAACCCGGCGCAAGGUACUGACACAGAUAUCAGUGCCGGUGUGUCACUUACUUCACUGGUCGGAGAUGAGCGUGAUGCCGAUGGUGAGCAGCAGAGUCACUCUAGGCAUUCAGGUGCGGAUAAAAGUUCUGAAAAGUCGCACGAGGCUAGCAGUGACGAUGCGAAUGACGCUGAAAUGGUAAACAUGGCGCCUUCAUCACUGUUAGCUACUCCAAUACUGGACUCAGCCCCAGACGUGGAACAACCGACACCCAGUGGCACGGCUGACCCUUCGUUCCAGGCGAGCUUGUCCUCCACUUCUUCAACAAACACAACCAUGGUUAGUGGUUUGAAAAAGGGUCUCGUUGAUUAUGAAGGUGAUUCCGAUGAGGAGGACGAUGACGACGACAGCAGUAGUCCGGCACAAAAGAGGGCGAGAAUAGCAUAGCACCAUUCGACUUCGACUGCACACCAUCCUUAUAAACAACGCCAUCAAUCAGCAUCAUCUGGGGCGGCGAAUAGCAUAACUAUGAAUAAUUUUAAAAGUACUAUUAGAAUCAACACCCCUACCGCGACUGCGGCAGUAGCGGUGGUUAAUACUACAAUUGCCCCCCAUAAUACCAUUGUUUCGGCUGCUGCCUCAAAUGUUGCGUCACCCGAAGUAGCAGUACGCUCGCCGGACUCAUCGCCCUGCGAACCUGAGAAGAAAAAGCGCAAGGUGGAAGAUUGCGGUGGCGGUAGUGUACUGGCAAUGGAUAGAAUAGACUGUUCGAAUAUAAUGGAAAUAGAUAUUACACUCACCACAACUACUGAUCCCGAUCCAUCUGCUGUGGCCGGUAGUGGCCGUGAAUCGGGUAGUGCGAACUGAGCGAAGGGGUUUUUUUUGUAAAGAAAACAGUUUUUUUUCGCCCAACACAUACAAUGCUAACAGUAAUAUUUGUAUGCUAAUUCAUCAUAACGCACCAAACGUACAUAUGUUGAAUUUGGAUUUGAUUACGUUUAUUUUCUUUGGGUCUUCGUGUCAUGUCGUGACUAGCACAGAAGAGAGAGUUUGUUUAAUGAGAGAGAUUUUCUGUUUUUCGCGCGUAAGAAAUGUAGACAGCAUAUAAAUAAUACCCUCAACAUGUACAGUUAGUAAUUGGACAUAUUUAAAAAAAGAAAACAAGGCACGCUACAAGAAAUAACUCAGAAAUAGAUAAAACGCAAGGCAUGUA